AUGAUUUCGAUUACAGUCAAGGUACUCUACACGUUUGACGACCAGAACAAGUCAAACUGCCUCGCCCGCCUGCCCAACGCGUUGAAUGUGCCCGUGGUCUCCCUCGACGAGAACACUCAAGUCGGAGUCAUUGAGCUCAAAACAUGCAUACAGGCGAUUGUUGGCGCAAGUCCCGAACUCGUGGCCAAGCUGGGUCACGACUACACCGUGUAUGCUUAUGACUUCUCCGAGUAUGAGACACCCCUUGUUGGUCAGGGUAUGCUUUCCUGGAUCCUCGCCUCCGCAUCGACGACUCCAAACGCUCCUGCCGAGGAUUCUCAAACCAUGGUCACAGGUCGCGUGUGCAAGAACAUCCUGGGCAUCUUCUCAAACGGGAUCAAGGAAACCUUGGAGGUCAAGCUGAAGCUGGUGCCUGUUCCGACAUGCCUGCAAAAAGAAUAUGUGGAGAACAUGGAGCGAUACCACAGCUUGAGUCAGCUCAUGCCUGCGGGCUUCGACUACAACCAAUGGUCCGACUUCUUGAAGGAGAAUCCAACGCUUGGUCAGCUGGCACAACCCAAGCCAUCCUAUCCCAUGCAACAUGCACGACAGGGUUCUUUUGGCGGCGUCGAACCAUUUCAUCAAAUGCUUACGCGCAACAGCCCCUCACAGGAACAGCCCAGAAAUGACUCAUUCUACGAUCAAUCCCACGUGCCAUUCAACAGCCAGCCCACUAGGCCAUCUAGUCCUGCUAUGAGCACAAUUUCCUUCCACCACUACCAGUACAAGCAAGACUCAAGACCUCCAUCGAGAGCUUCCGUUCGAAGCGAGGCGGCACCACCACAACAGCAGUUCCUACAUAGUGACCCGUACGUCAUUGAAGAACAAGAUGAUGGCCCGCCAAAGAAAAGAGCGCGCAUCACCCAGGCGAAGAGGCCCAGGAACACACCACUCAACGCUCACAAUGAUUCGCUCCGCGUAACAGCGAGCACGGCAGCCUCUGUACGACUCCAUAGACCAACGCCCGGUAACUCAUCGAUGAACGCGGACAUGGUGCCUCGUGCACCAACACCUCGGCCUGGUAAUAGAGCUUUUGGGCAACGUGGACAGCGACGCCCACCCGCCCCCAGCGCUUUGAGACACGCAUCAAUGGAUGCUGGACGCCCAUACAUGUCACCUUACGAUACGUCCGCAUUUUCAGACAAUGCCAUCGAUUCGCCCGACGAAAGAGAUGAGAGUCCUGUCGAUACACCGAUAGAAAUGCCGUCUUCGCCACCGCUGGCAGCGAACGAGGCCGCGUCUCCUACACCGUCUAGCCCAAACUUACCUAGCAUAUCGGCACCCGUCGAUUCGGGCUUUGUUAGUGACGUCGCUAUGGGCCGUGAGGACGAUGGUACGGGUUCGGGAAGCAAGAUUACUACCACUGAAGAGAGAGUUGGGCCACGACAGAACAAAGUGCGCCGACCCUGGCAGCACGUGAAUCCCGGCCCAGUAGAGCACCUGCCACAUUCAUACGUUCCACGACCCAAACAGCCAUAUCGGAAGCACCCCGUGCAACCCAUUGCCGAGAGUAUAGAAAACGACACGAGAAUGUCAGGCAUGGAAACGGAUACAGUGAAUCAUGACUUGUUUGAUGCCGGCCAGUUCAACCAGCAAUUUCCACCGGACAAUUCGGGUGCCUAUGCACAAGGUUCCGCCUCCCAGCAAGAAUCCAACCGGACUACACAACGCUUAGCACCGACAGAUUCAUUUCCCUUUGGAAUGGCAAAGCAGAACCCACACAAGGAAGCGUCUCAAUUAGCGUCUGCCAAGGCUGAUUCACCCGAUUCGAUCUCCCGUCUCUCUCCCACUGGUGAGAGCGAGGCUGCAGUAUACAGUCGUUCGGCCACUCCGAACCUGCCCACGAAGCCGACGAAGACUACCAAAACAAGGGGUCUGCCGAGAUCGCACACCUGGUCGGGUGCUGAGCCCAUGUCGGAUGCUGCUCCUGCUGCUGAUCCAAGUGCUCCACGUAGUGGUUCGGGGGCUAAGCGCAGAAAGCAUAUCAAAGAUCGACUUGAAAAGGCCAUUGCCGCUGGCGAGAUGCCUCAGCACUGUGUCAACUGCGGAGAGAUUGACACACCGACCUGGAGGAAAGCUUACACGCGUGUGGAAUUUGGAACGCCCGAGGGACUCGAACUGUCCACUGAUACUGCGGGGACCGACGUAAUUGCGUAUGAAGCUAUCGACACAACGGACGACAACGAUGGCGAACCAAAAUACCGCAUUUUCAAGAACAACCUCACUCGGGAAGAGAAGACUAUGAACAUCUUCGAGCCACUUAAUCUUUGCAACCCAUGUGGACUUUGGCUUAUGAAGAAGGCAGCCAUGAGGCCAAAGACUGUGUGGGACAAGUCUUUGAAGCCACCGAAGCGCAAGAGGGCAGCCGCUUCGGGAUCUCGCACCAAGUCAAUCAGCCAAGGUGACGAUUUGGUAUCUGAUGCUGUUGUGCCUGAUUCUGACUCAGCUAUGCCAGGCGAUCAAGAGGAAGCGGUUGUAUCUUAUGACGGCACCCAUGUGAGCCAAUUAGGCCCCCCACCUGCACCUGAGCGUGCUACCAGCAUGCAAAAUACAGGCGGCUCAAAUCUUGACGGUGCCCAGGCUGCCCUACGGCGAGCCAUUCAAUCGAGUCCAGCUGGGGUCAGAGGCAGCCAGAAAUCACCCAUCAACAUCGAUGCAGAUUUGACCCCGAGGCCCACCCGAAGACUGUUGUUUCCGUCACCUAGAAAAGAGGGCGAAGCCAAGUCACUGGAGGUCAAGCCCAAGGCACCGAGCGCUGUCGCCGAUGAUGAUGCGCCAAAGAAGCCUCGCUGCCAACGCUGCAAAGGACUCAAAAAGGCAUGUGAUCGCGAGCGGCCUUGCAGGCGAUGCGAAGAUGCUGGAAUUGGGCAUGAUGGCUGUGUUCCCUGUGAACAGCCCCGAACCCACUGGUUUGAACAGCCUCUAGCAGGUCCUGCAAUAAGUGAAGAAGAGAAUGCAGAUAAAGAAAAUUGUCCGCCACCGCCGUUGGAGAAAACUCGAGCUGACGAUGACUUUGCCGACCUUUUCGAGGAUUCCGUUAUGCCAAAGACCACACCGCAAAAGAACAACCUCUUCCAAGACCUGCUGAAGACGCCCACCCCAGGCUCCCGCCGCCGUGGUCUCUUGACUCUGAAAGGCGGUGCUGACGAUAUGGAUGCCCUUACGACGCCUUCGCGAAACAUAUUCACGCCACGCGGCACACGCGCUGCUACUAUUGCCCCCGAGACACCGUUUACCCGUCAGCUCAAUGCCUUACUUUCCGACCACCCCAUUUCCUCGCCCUCGCACGGCAUAGACUUUAGCAAUUUCCCAACAUUCAACACCCCUGGUCGGCCUGGCGCCCAAUUUUCCGACUUCUUGCACGACGAUUUCCUCUCGAGCGACAUGCCAAUGCCGAGUUCGCCACCCAAAGGCGGACCGCUGAAUCUAGGCUUUGAUCUCUACGAAGAUCCCGAGACGGCCAGCAAUGGGCUCUGGGGCAGCACAGGCAUGUUUGGCAACGAUAAUCUCAUGGACAGCAUGGGCAGUGGGGAAGCCCAGGGCUCGCGGCAUGCUAGCAUGGAUUUCACGACCGACGGCCCGGAUGCCACGGCCCUGCUUAAGAUGAAUGUCGGGGGCAUCACGGUCGACUUUGCGGCCAUGAUUGAGGAUGUUGUUAGUGCGCCGCGCGAGGAGGACGAGGAUGCCAAGGCGACGAUGAGUCUGGAGGAUGGGAGUCGACGUGUUGGUUUGACGCCCGAGGGGCCGGCGAAUGAGUAG